AGAUCUUCGCUGGAAGGAUGAAUUCCAAAAAGGUCCUAGCUCUCGCACUCAUCCUGUGCUUCAUUGCCGCCGCCGCCGCACAGAGCCGUGUCUCUGGUGUAAACCAUCCAAGGCCAGCCAAACUUCACCGGGGCAACGCUCCAGUGCGGACAGCGUCGAAGAACUCUCAUCUCGACCCUUCAAACUUCUUGGUAGUGAUCAUCGCGGCUCUGAUCCUUUACUAUGGAGCUUCAAGAGCACUACGACCUCCUUUCAUGGACAUGAGUCCAACCAGUCAAGAAGCCAUGGCAUACGAGGAGGCUGCUGAAGCUGGUGAGAUGCAGUUGCACACUACUUUCAUGUUCGUCAUCGUUGCAUCUUGCUCGCUCGUCAUGAUUUUCUAUUUCAUGUCCGCUAUGUCUGUGCUCGUUACGAUCUUGUUUUGCUUCAUCUCAUCUUUGGCUCUGGGAGCUCUUGUAUACCCAUAUGUGGAUCGAUACACUGAUCACAGAUUCUCACGAGAAGUUGACGUCCCAUAUCUUGGGCCGAUGCCUAUCUUGUUCUUCAUCUUAGCACCCGUGUGCAUCGUGGCCGUCUUGACUUGGUUUUUCACCAAGAGCUGGUUGUUGAACAACAUCCUCGCCUUCUCACUCAUUAUCUUUUUCUUGACGAGCGUCAGACUUUCCAGCCUGAAAGUUGCCAGCUCUCUGCUGAUUCUUGCGUUCUUCUACGACAUCUUCUGGGUCUUUAUCUCCUCAUCUAUUUUCGGCAAGAAUGUUAUGGUCACGGUGGCGACGGGCCUCAACGUUCCAAUCAAGAUCUUGGUGCCGCUAAUGAUGGCGAGCGGACGGCACAUGCAGUUCACUCUCAUCGGGCUCGGAGACAUCGUCCUCCCGGGUCUCCUCGUGUGCUUUGCCUUGCGCUUGGAUGACGCAAAGGGAAUCGACAAGAAGAUGGGCUACUUUGCCGUUGUCAUGAUCGGUUAUUGCAUCGGCUUGACAAUUUGCGAAUUUGUUGUGGGCACGUUUCAUUGGGCGCAGCCAGCCAUGAUCUACCUGGUACCUGGAACCCUCAUCCCGUUCGUCUGGAUGGCGCACUCUCGUGGAGAGAUCGAAGAUGUCUGGGAGGGGCUCAAGUCCCAUCACCGCCUCGGCGACUCUGAACUGCCAUAUCCUUGAGGCUGACAUGAUGGGUUUGUGUACGUUUUUUCUUGGGAGAAUCGCGUGUUUCCCGCGCUCAUCUACAGUCUUUGCACAUCAGAUCUACGAUCCUUUCAAGCAUGAAAUCGUAGAGGAUGUCCCCGACAUCAAUGCUAGCCUUUUCAGUUUGUUUUUUUUUUCAAUUGGCAAUUGCAAUGUUCUUUAAGAAGAAGAUAUUGGUCCACAGUACGUUCAGUGAUCUUGAAGUAAUGAAGUACCGAUGGACAUC